CGGACGGACAUAAUCGAAAACCCUCGUACGAUUGCAAUAUGUGUUUAUGGGUGUUCCAUUAACACAGGAGAUUCCAGCAAUCCUCCCCAGGCUACCACGGGCGAGUUGCAGAGAUAGGCUGCCUAAUUCUCGCGUUGAUUUGCUGUCAAGAAUCGAUUAUAGCAACAAUAGAUGGCAAGUCGUAAGAUGUUCUGACGUGCUACUUUCAUGUGAAUGAUCAUGGAUCAAAUAUAAAAGCAUGGAAGCACAAACAUGUCCGACCAACAGCAAUCCACCACCCCGCCCAAAAGCACCCGUCGUCCACCACCUGACCCCAAAGCGGUCGCGACCGAUCUCUACACUCUCAACCACCUUCAUCCUUCCAUCGCCCAUAAUAGCUCUAUUCUCUCCCGUACUCUUGAGAACUCUGCAGCCCAAGGCCUACCUCUAAUCUACUCCCCUCGUGCCUUUGCAAAGUUUCUCGCGCUCCAGGCCAAAGCCAUCAACGCCAAACACUGUCUCGAAGUCGGCACUCUAGGUGGCUACGGCAGCAUCUGGCUUGCUUCCGAAAACCCUGGUCUCAAAGUCACCACGCUGGAGUUUGACCCUCACCAUGCCGAAGUGGCUAGAGACAACAUCGCCACUGCUGGUCUGACUGAACAGAUUACAGUCCACGUCGGCCCUGCUAUCGAAACUCUGCCCACCGUGCUCUCAGACAUCGACGCUGGCAAACUUGAGACAUUCGAUUUGGUCUACAUUGACGCUGACAAAGGCAACAAUUGGAACUACUUCGAUGCUGCAAUCAGGGGAUGCAGAAAAGGCGCUGUGAUCAUGGUUGACAAUGUCGUUCAAGGUGGAGCUAUCGCCAGUGAGGAUGAGAUCUGGAAUACUCAAGAGCAUGUUAUGGGUGCGAGAAGAGUUAUUGAGAAUGCUGGCAAGGAUGAGAGGGUCAGUGCUACUGUUAUCCAGACCAUUGGCGAGGGCAGUCAUGAUGGGUUUCUUUAUGCUGUUGUGCUUUAGGGGUGGCAGAUGGGGUAUUCAGGAAUACUCUCGUUGAUGUUUCCUUACAAGCCACGUUCUCUCAUGUCGCUAUACUAAUGAAUGAUAUUGAAUGCGAG